GGCCAGUUCAGAGCAUCAUCCAUCUGCCAUCUUGCUCUUACAAGUCGACGUGAAAAUGGGCUGGCAGACACAUAUCGUAACAUGUUGCACAUGCUUCUUGGCAGGCUCGACCUUUCACCACUGGAUAGCAGACCAUAACACCCUCUGGACCAACCCCACAACGGAAGAAGCCGUCUCUCGAGCAGUCCGCUAUUACACCCUACUCGGAUCGGUACGGUAUACGCCGUUACCGUACAUAUGGCUCGCGAUCGCUUGUAUCGCCGCGGGAACGAUGGCAUGGAGGUCUAUUAGGGGUUUGACGAGUUCGAAGGGGGAGAAAUUCAACGGAGGGUAUCUGUUUGAUGCGGCAUGCUGUCUACUCCUCGUCCGAGUAAUCGUCACUCAGGCUUCCGACGUAUUCCCUGCCGUCCUCGCCCUCUCCUCUUCAUCCCCAUCACCCUCAACACCCAACCCAUUCAUACCAGGUUCAAGGGAAUAUCAAGCCAUAGAAAAUUCAGUUCGAAGGCUGGCAGGAACGAACUUGACCAUCUCGGUCCUCCUCACCGGAGUCGCUUGUCUACAGGCCGGAAGGUUCUACGCAGAACGUUCAGCUGCCAAAAAACGAGCUCAAUACCUCUCGACCCAACCUGAAUCCUCAUCCGACUCCUCAUCGUCAGGAACUCUAAAACAAGCAGCCGCCGCUGUCGAGGAUGCUACCACUCCUGUCCCUGAGUACAGCUCAGGAUCUGUAGGGUCGGCAGGUUCGUCGGCAGGUGGGAAGAAGACGAGGAGGAGAGCACAAACGCCUUAUAGGGAGAUGACGGAGGAAGAGUUGUUGGAGCUGAACCAGUCGGAAAAGCCGGCAAGAUGAAAAUGGGGACGGAAUUUUUAACACAACUCACAGGCGAUCUGUAGUCUGAAAGGGAGAUGGGGAGUAGAGAUCAUACGCGAGGAGAAGGGAAUAGGGGUCUUUCUUGCUCUGGAUUUUCCGUCUGAUGGGUUGGUCAGGACCAUGGUGAUUUCGAGUGCAACGUGUACGCAACAGAUAAUUUAAUUGAUCGAUCGGUCAAAAGCGAUUUCCUGAUUGACAAGACGCCAUGAUAUACCACAGUCGAAUGUAAUUGAAUUCGAAUGUACGUCGAGCGACAAUACACCUCACACAUGCAUGUACUACAAAGUGAUAAUCACGCUAUCAAUAAUAAAUUGAUCCAAUACCUCGA